CUGCCAGAUCGAAAGCAGGCCGAGUGUCCGGUGGGGAGAAGGGACGGCUGGAGCUUUUUCUGCCGGGACGUGAGCGGGACGGAGCGGGCCAUGCGGGGCUGCGGGGCCGGGGCCAGGCCGCGCCACUGGCUGACGCUGCUCUCCGGGAUGCUGGAGUGUCUGGGCUUCGCAGGGGUGGUGUUCGGCUUCGCCUCCCUGGUGUUUGUGCUGAAGGAGGAGGGGUACUUCGGCGAGCUGUGUGGCAGCCCCUCCAACAGCAGCAGCGCCCUGCCGCUGACCGCCUGCAGCAGUCAGGACGAGCAGUUUUCCAUGGUCUUCACCAUCGCCUCCUUCCUCAACAACUUCCUGAGUCUGGUCAACGGCUACCUGUUCGACCGCUUCGGCACCAUGGUGACCAGGCUGCUGGGGAUAUCGUUGUACACGACCGGGACCCUCCUCGUUGCCUUCUCCAGUGCAGGUCAGUGCGCACACGUGCACACACCCCGCUCACACAGUCACAGGCACACACACACAGUCCUCUGGAGGAAAGACAUCAGAAAGACCCGGGAGAAGCCACCUGAAGGGUCAAAGGGUUUGACGUUUGUGUUUCUGUACCUGGAGCCGUUGAAGGUUUCUCCUCCUCUGUCCCGCAGCGUUCCCACAGGUGCUCUUCCCGGCCCUGUCCUGCUUAGCCGUGGGAGGAAUUCUGCUCCUCAUAACCAACAUGCAGGUGGUGCCGCCGAGCCGCCCGCACACAGGUGUGGUCGUGGCGUGGGAAACCUGUUCGCCGCCCAUCGCUCCACCAUCAUCACCCUCUACAACGGAGCCUUCGACUCCUCCUCAGCCGUGUUCUUCGUCAUCAAGGUGAAUCUGUUGGCCUCAUUUCUGUCCAUUAAAUCACACUCACUGCUGACCGCUGCCUUAAGAAGCCUUUUUCAAAAAUCCUAUUCUUAA